AUGCCACCUCGAUCCCUUACGUCAAAGUCCGCCCGCAAGCAUGUCACGACAGCCUGCAAUCCGUGCCGGGACGGGAAAGUGAAAUGCGACGGUGUGCGGCCGGUUUGCAGUAACUGUCGGGCGAAGCAAAAGGGCUGUAGCUACCGGCUGGCUGAUGAUAAGCGCAAAAUACCCUUGCGAACGACGAUCACCGUCCUGGCGAAGAGAAUCGAUCAGCUAUCGCGCUAUAUCCAGGAUCGGGGUCUGGAGGCUCCACAGAUGGAAGAAACCGACUAUCUGACGAUCAAGGGCAUUUUUGAGAUGGUUGAUCUGACGCUCGACGAUGCGCCUUCAACUGCAUCUGACUCUGGUGGCCUGGAGGGUGCUCCAGAUAAAGCGACCCUCGACGAUCAUACUGCGAAUACUGCGGCAGGGUCAUCGCAGUUGGAGACCGCGCAUUCAGAAAUACCCGAGCAUUCUCACCAUCCCAGGAUGCCGAUGUUUUCUGCCCCUGUCCUGCAUGAUUCUCCGAAUGUGGCGUCUGCGCUGCUCGAGCUGGCGGAGGCGGACCUACGCGGGAACGAAAGUGCGCUUCCAGCAAACGACGAGGAAGAAGAGGAGGAUGAAGUCACGAACCAACUGUCGUGUCGCUUGGGCAAACUCCAGGUAACCCAUGGUGGGCAGUUGCGGUAUUUCGGAUCCACGUCGAACUUGACGUUGCUGGAUAUACUGGUGGAUAUUGCGCCUUCGGAUCAGAAAUUGGUCCAGCAAGAGACGCGAGGCGCGCUGGAGAAUGCGGGCCUGGGGAUCACCGUUGAUGAGACUUUCGAGAAGCAUCUGCUUCAGCUGUAUUUUACCUGGCACGACCCUUGUUUGCACGCCGUGGAGGAGGAGGUUUUCUGGAGGUCGAGGGCGCAGAAGAGGUAUGAUGGGGCUGACACGACGUAUUACUCUCGUGCGCUGUCUGAAGCCAUGUGCGCGGUUGGAGCCACGUACGAGUCCAAAUAUCAUCCAGACCUAGUGACCUUUCCCCGAUCCCUCGCCGAGUUCUUCAGCGAUCGGGCCAAGAUUCUACUCGAGUCGGAGUUGGAGAACCCUUGCCUGGCGACGAUACAGGCCCUGGUGAUCUUGAGUGCAUAUGAAGCAUCGUGUACCAGGGACACCAGAGGGUGGCUAUACAGUGGAAUGGCGAUGCGGCUCGCCUUUGACCUUGGACUGCAUCUUGACAUGACGCCGUAUGUGGAACGGGGUACGAUUCCGUCCAUGAAUUACGAGGUUCGCCGGACGACCUUCUGGGCCGUCUACAUGAGUGAACAAUUCUGGGGAUACUAUCUAGGUCGACCGACUCGGAGCCCGAUGGAGGGAGUCACCGUGCCAAAGCCCGAUUGGAAUAAUUCACCUCUCAAGUGGACUCGGUAUGGUUCUCUGUCUCUAUCCGGGAACAUGGCCAACCUCCCGAAUCCACUGGGGAUGAUCUGCUACCAGUGGGUUUCAUUGUAUGAGUACAUGUUACCACUGACGGACCUUUUAUACGGCUGCGAUGAGAUCUCGAAACACCAGCUUCAAAAGCUUACCUCUGAUACCGUCGAGAAGCUGAGGUUCUGGAAGGCCAGUCUCCCACCGCAGCUGAACAUCUACGAAAAGGCACCCUUUUUACAGCCGCUCCCUCACGUCCUGGCUCUGCACAUGCAAUACCACCAACUCAUCAUCCACUGCCACCGACCCUACAUCUCCCGCCACCACAUCCAGCCGCAACCCCCGCAAGGCCCCGGCUCCUCGCACGCCCGCAUGAUGUGCAUCGAGUCGGCCAUUGCCAUCGCAAAAACCCUGACCCUCUACGAGCGCCACUACAGCUUCCGCCGCGCCAACUUCCAAACCGUCUCCUUCAUCUUCUCCGCCGCGCUGAUUCUGAUCUUCGCCAUCGUCCCCGCACGCGGGCAGCACGAACACGACCGGGAGCUCGUCGCCCAUCUCAGCACCUGUUUCCGGGCCCUCGAUGAAAUGGGCAGUCAGUUUGAGAAUGCACGGCGGACGAGUGCGUUUUUGAAUACGCUGCAGCGGGAAUGGCAGACUCGGCGGCGGAGUCAGAUGGCGCGGGGCGUGAAGAGGAGCUUUGAUUUCUCCCACGAGCCGUGGAAUGACAACACGAUUGCCAGCCUGGGCGGCUCUACGGAGGACUCGGGAUUUGGGAGUGAGGGGCGAUCUGGGUUGGGGUCGUUGGAAGAGUCCUCGUUCGCUGUCGACUUUAUGGAGCCGGAUCUAUGCAAUAUUCUGCUUAGUGAAGGGAUUCCUCGAUCGUUUGUAUAG